CAGGCAACAACAACAACAACAUUAGCAGUAGAAGCGUUGAUAGCGGCAUCAUCCUUUAGUGCCUUAGUAAACAACCCCUUUUAGCCUUAGCCUUAGCCUUCCGGGUCCGAACGCAGACACACACACAGCAGCAGCAGCAGCAUGUCGACGCAACGUAUUUGGACGACUGACAGCAACCACAGAACAGAUUACGGGCAUGAGUCAGAGAAGAGCUCCGUCACCCAUCCGCACACCGUGCCGCCGCCGGCCGGAAAUCCCUACCUAAUCGGUAUCCAAUCAAGAUUCCGGCGACGGUAUUAUCACAAAUCGAUAGUAUUAUUUCUGCUGCUGGUUAUCUUCAUCCUGACGAUCGCUAUCAUAGUAAUAGCAUGCUUGCUCCACUUUCCGCCCGAAAUCUGCCACAGUGCGGACUGUCUCCGGUCGGCGGCCGCCCUCAAGCACAGCAUGGACCUGACGGUGGACCCGUGCGAGGACUUUUACCAGUACGCGUGCGGCAACUGGGAGGACGAACAUCCGCGACCCGACACGUACGUCAGCUUCGAUUGGUUCAGCGAGCGGCAGGCGAAGAUUUUGCGCAACAUCCGCCACUACCUGCAGGCGAACAGUAGCGCGCUCGAUCCGAAACCGGUCGUGCAGGCCCGCACCAUGUACGCGGCCUGCCUGAACCUCACUGCCAUGGAUCGGCUCGGCUAUGGGCCGGUGUUUAAGUAUCUGAAACAGUUCCAGCUUCCCCCGUACCCGUCGCUGCUGAACGUGACCGAGGGACCGGCAUCGGCCACCUUUCAGGGCUAUGGGUUCGAUUGGGUCAAGUCGCUGGCCAAGAUCAAGCAGCUGCUCGGGAUGGACAUCUUCAUCGGGCUGGAUGUGUAUCCGGAUCCGCGGCACCGGGACUACAACCGGCUGGUGCUGGGAACGCCCGAGAGUGGAUCGGAUUUGCCAUUCAACACGGACAUUCUGAGACACAUCCGCCGGGGACGAACGCGCCGCAAGCUAAUGGUCAGUGCGGACGAUGAAGCAGAUGGUGAGAGCGAUGGAGAGGAGGUGGAGGACGCUGACGACGAGGUGGGACCGCUGACUGCUUACAAAAAGUUCAUGAUCGGUGUGAUGAAGCUGUUGGUGAACAGUACCGACCCGACAAUCAAGGUAGAAUCGUUUAACGCACAGUUCGAGAGGGCGGCCACGAUUGUGGUACAGUUUUCGGACUCGAUCUCUAAGUUUAACCGUGAAGCAGAGAACGCAUCCCGCAGCACCAACGUAGAGGAUCGACUCAACCUACAGGACAUCGUGUACUACACCGUAGCAGACCUGCAAAACAUCACCGACACGCACCUAGCGCCAAAGGAUCCGCUGCCGAUCUGGGAGCGUCUGCUGGCCAGCGUGUUCGAGGGCAUCCCGGAGGCACAGCUCAACCUGCAGGACGAGCUAAUCCUCACCAGCAAUGCGGACCUCCUCUACCUCAAACUGCUCGUCGACUAUCUCGCCGUAACGCCACUCGCCCACAUCGAGCUGUACAUCUGGUGGACGGUGGUCGAGGAGCUGAUCCUGCACACCACGCUGGAGGUGCGAAAGCUGUACUACGACUACUACAAAUCGAUCGCCCCCUCCGAUGGGUUCAGCUCGCGGACGCUCUACUGUACCGGCACGGUGAACCGCCUGCUCGGCAUGGCCGUAAGCUACGCCAUCUCGAGCGACAACUUUACGCGGGACACGAAACCGCGCGUGCAGGACAUGCUGCGCUACAUACGCACCGCGUUCGAGGGACUGGUGCGCGACACCACGUGGAUGGAUUGGCCUACGAAGCAGUCGACGCUGCGCAAAUCGCAGGCGAUGCGAAGCCUGAUUGGCUUCCCCGACUGGAUACUGGACCAUCGGGAGCUGGAGCAGCAUUACAGUGGGUUGCAAGUUAACGAGAGCACCCACCUGGAAAACAUGAUGCAAGAGGUACAGCGUAAAAACAUCAUCAAACUGCGCCGCUGGCGCCAGAAGCACGAGCUCAGCUGGGAAACGUUGCCCACCAACGUGAACGCGUUUCACACAUUCCAAGAAAAUGCGAUAACCAUACCGAUUGCAAUCCUGCAGUACCCGUUCUACCAUCUAGGAUUGGAAGCACUAAACUAUGGUGCGCUGGGAACAAUCCUUGGGCACGAGCUAACGCACGGCUUCGACGACAGUGGGCGUCAGUUCGAUAAGGACGGCAAUCUCGCCCAAUGGUGGACGGACAGGACGGUGCAGGAGUACGUGAACCGUACCAAGUGCUUCGUGAGCCAGUACAGCCGCUACUACAUACCGGAGGCGGACGAUUAUAUCGACGGGCUGCUGACGCUCGGCGAAAACAUUGCCGACAAUGGGGGCGUCCGGGAGGCGUUCCGGGCGUACCAGCUGUACGUGAAGAACGGUGGCAAGGAUCCGCUGCUGCCCGGGUUCGAGCACUACACGCACGAGCAGCUGUUUUUCAUCUCGUACGGCAAUAUAUGGUGCGAGUCGCACACGCAGGCGGCGGCCAAGGCCUACCUCGACGAUUCCCACUGUCCGGGGAAGUUUCGGCUGAAGGGUGUGCUGACGAACUCGCCCGAGUUUAGCCAAACGUUUGGCUGCAAGCCGGGAACGGAGAUGAACCCCGGCAAGGACAAGUGUCGCAUCUGGUGAGCUUUGUGGCGCGCGUGAUUGUGUGUGCGUAUCGUGUGACACCGCUCCUGGCGGACUCGUUGAGACAGUUGUUACCCCGUACUAGGUUUCAGUGUCAGGAAUUCGCGGAAGACAGGUCACUAACAGGAAGAUAUUUAAGAAGGGGUAGAGUGUGAACAAACAAUUCAUUAUGCUGUGUUAAAUGUGAUACAGGCACCACAACAAUCUCACAAAAAGCGGGAAGUGAUACGGUAGAUAGAUGUUAAACUGUAGCAAGGGAGGAUGCUCCUUUGCAAUGAAAGAGAAUAAGAAACAAUGGGUAUGUUUUUUUAAACAAUUUGUUAUCUGCAUGUUGAUGAGUUUAUGCAAAUCAAACUGUAUUAAAUGUCUUGCAAGAACAACAAAAUAAAGCAUU